UGCCCCAUCUGCCGUCACUAUGAAACCCAGCAGCCUCAUCACCUUCACGGUGCUCCUUGCCCUUGAAAUCCUCACGCCCUGGACUGCAGAAGGUACUAGCACAGAAAAAGUUAAGAGUGGAGCCUGCCCCUUCAGACCUCAUGGCCUAUGCCUUGUGUACGAGCCCCACGAAUGCCUGAAUGACUGGCAGUGUCCAAAGGAUCAGAAAUGCUGUCCCAGCAUUUGCAGCAACAAAUGCAUGGAUCCUGUAGACCCAUCGGAGCAAGUUAAGGUCAAUCCUGGGAGGUGUCCACUGGUCAUUGGCGAGUGUAAGGAGCCCAACCCCCUAGACACCUGCCUGAAUGACGGUGACUGCCUGACCGGUCUGAAGUGCUGCAAGGGGCCAUGUGGGAAUUCAUGUGUUGACCCACUGAAAGACACGUUCUCACCACUUCAACAAGAUUAGGACUUCCUGGUAUGUGUGGUUGGAGGAUUCCUUUUAUCCCCAAACCAGAGAAAGAGGAAAGUGCCUUGAUGAAUGUGUGGCUUUGGGACCAACACCUCCAGGGGCCUAAGGUCAGGCUUGGUUUAUCUGCGUGUGCCCAGCAGCCAACGUGAGGCUUGGCACACAAGAGGGAAAUGUCUACUGGUUCUUGAAAAAAUAAAUACACCGUUUUCUCUGCA